GCCAUCGUAUAAUAACACUGCUCCAAAAACCAUGCUCACCAUAGCAACCUCAGAAGAACAUACAACACUUGGUGAUCAGCAUCAAUGGGGCUGGAAAGACCAGAUCUGCAUGUUAUUGGAUACAAUGAGAAGAGCCAGAGAUCUGAUUAACACCUCACACCGAAGAGACGCACGACUUCAUGGAGUAACUGGCCCUCAAAGAUGGAAGAAAGUCAUACAGGUUUAAAUGACAAGAUCCUGUCAUGUCCAGCGCAGGCCCAGAAUUGCAUUGGAGGUGGUUGGAGCUUCACGACUCUGUGUCGAUGGGAUCUGGAGAGAGGAGGGUUCAGACUGCUACGGGGACCAGACAGUGGAGGAUCCAUCGGCGACCCAAACCCAUAUACUCAGUGUUGGAUGAGCGCAGGCUGCAUUAUGCUGCUUGGGAGGGCUGUCUGGAGCAGGUCAAGGCCACGCUGGAACAUGGAGUUCCCGCGAACUGCCAGGACCCAUAUGGUUGGACAGCUGUCCACCAUGCCUCAUUCAAAGGUCAUCUCCCAUUGGUCAAGUUCAUCUUGCAAACGGGCCAGGUGGAGGUAAACUGCCAGGACUUCUUUAACUGCACCCCCCUGCACCGCUCCUGCAGCGGAGGAAACCCAGACACCACCGAGUUUCUCCUCCAGAAAGGUGCAUCACAUGAAGCAAGGUCCCGCUCCGGCCAGACGCCCCUUCAUCUGGCUACAGCCAACGGACACUUGGGCACAGCUCGCGUUCUGCUCCAGCACCUGGCUUCACCAAACCCCCAGGACUUUCAUAAGUGGACACCCCUGCACUGGGCGGUUUUUGGGGGCUGGGGGGAUGUUGUGGAGCUCCUGCUGGAUAACGGAGCAGAUGUGGAGGGUGGAAGAGGUGUGGGGAUGAGUCCACUGCAGCUGGCGGUGCUCGUGCGGAAUGAGGCAGGGGUGAGAUUGCUGCUCCACAGAGGUGCAGAUGCCAAUACGAGAGGACCUAAUGGGCGGACAGCAUUGCACCUGUGCGCCUGUUCUGGAGACAAGAAGAUCCUCCAGCAUUUGUUAAAAGGAGGGGCCAAGCUUGACAUCAGGGAUGGAGACGUCGCUUCUCCGCUGCACCUGGCUGCCCGCAGCGGCUCUAGGACUGUGGUGCACCUGUUGAUUCUGAAUGGCGCAGGACUUGAAGACAGGGACAACCUCAAAAUGACACCACUGCAUUACACAACGCUCAGGGACAAUGCGGAGGCUGCCAAGCUCUUACUGCACUACGGGGCGGAUGUGAAUGCUAGAGAGAGGCUGGGGCAGACGCCCUUGCACCUGGCCUCUGAGAGAGGUCACUUAAAGGUACUCAAGGUUUUGCUAGACAAAGGUGCCGAUCCCUUUGUAAGGAGCAGCUGGAGAGAGACAGCAGAGGAUGUUGCAAGGACACACAAUCAGCCGUGUAUUCUUCAGCUCCUUCAGCAACACCAGAUGAUGCGGAGGAGGGAUCAAGACUCCAAAGAGAAAGAAUGAAAAAGAAUGUGUUACAUUUAUAACAUUAUUGGUAUGCUUGACUCUUUGUAUCUGUUAUAUCUGCUUCAAAACAUUUGCCAUGGCAACCUUUAUUUCUGCACAAAUACAGUCAUGACUCAUGCUGUACAACUUUAAUAUAUGUAAUUUAUAGGGAAACUUACGAUUUUUUAAACAGUGAUGGCUAAUACCAAGUUUUAGUUUAACAGCAGAAAACUGUAGUGCCUAUGAUAUUUCAACAGAAAGUGUGGAGACAUUGGUAAGGUUUUGUUAAUGUCAAUAUGAGAAUACAUUUCAACAUUUAGACUCUUGACUGGUACUUGUACAGUAUAUUGCUGUGACAACACCUAGUGUUUCUAACCGGGGGGUGGGGGGGGGGUCUUAGGGGGCAUCAGGAUAACCUGAAAUGAUUUUUAAAAAGCAUUAUAAUUAUCUAAAACAUCAAACUAUUUCUUAGUGUUUGGUUGUUUUCGUAACAAAUAUACAUAUUUCUAACUGUCCCAAGGUCUAGAAUAUUUUAUUGAGUACAAACUGUGCAGAGGGUCUUCAAAUAUUGUUGUGGACAAUAGCAGGCCUUGAAGUAAAAAUGGUUGGGAUCUACUGAUCUAUAUUGUAUCUCUUCUAGUUGUCACAAAGCUUCGAAUUCUUUUUGAAUCAUUUGUUAUGAACCACUGCUUCUGAGCAAACAGAAAACAAACAGGAAAACGCUAAACAAUUGCUGAUAAAUAUAUUGCAAGUUACACGCCUUGGCCGGACAGAUGUCACCAGCGUGCGGCGUCUUUUUAAAAAAGAUUUAAAAAGGAUUCGAAUCAUUACAAACGAUUCACUUUACAUGCCGACUGUACUAAAAUGUCCCAGCGGAUUGAUAUGUACGAGGCACUAGGCUCCUUUGAGAUGGCCAAAUUCUGCGCAGAACCGAUCACCGGUGAUCAGCGCGAGAUGCAUGCCGGUAAGAAAUGUGUCCGAGUUACGUCCGCAUUGCUCUGAUGUCAUGCUGACGUGUGUCAAAAAACUCUCGCGACGGCCAGGCGGCUGUAUCGGAUUCUUCAGUCGGGCGCAGUUGCUCUCCACCGACUGCGCUGAUGAAAAGCAUGAUAGGAAACAAUAACUUGCUUGACGACACAGCUUAAAUGCUCAUUGGGCGAGAAUGUCAGCUGAUAUCUUUUUUCUUAAGCGCUCUAUUAAUAAGUCCAUUAACUGAAGUAGGUUUUGAGAUUUUAUGUGGAAAAAACACACCAAGGUGAAAUAUAUAGUCCUCAUGCACCUUGAUGUAAAAGCAGUGGCAAUUCAAUUGCAUAGAUUUCAUCUGCGAUAAAAAGCGCUUUUUUAUUAAAGUAUAACAAAAACAUUACAAAACAAGAUGGUUUACAUUAAAAAACAGACGAGAAAAAAAUAAUAAAAGAUAAUA